UUCCUUCAUCAUCACGUUAUUCACGUAUUGUUCCCCACCGCGGCCGACCGAACGAUGGAGCCAACGAACUACAGUGUAGGUGGCCUCGGAUUCCUCCAUAUUUUUCGGGAGUUGCUUUACCCUCUUCCUUCGAUCUCUCUCUGAGGAAUGAAAAAUUAUUAGGUACGUUCACCUGAGGAAUGAAACUUCUCAAGCCUGUAACUGUUUCGGCUCGAUUCCAAUCUCUUUUAGUUUUUUUCGGAUCGGCUUGCCUCUGUAUUCUGCGUGGAGGAUUUUGUUGACCUUCUCUGGUUUUUUUUCUACGGAAAUUGAUGCUUGAUGUAUCGGUGAUGCUUCAUAUUGAGGAAUCUGCCUUCUGCAAGAGGGGUUUAGAUGGAGCUUUGUUUUUCUUAGAUCUCGCUGGAGAAUAGUUUGAUUGAUCCCAUGUCUUCAUUCACUCAUCCGGUUGAUUCUGGAGAAUCCGAGCAGAGUCUUUUGAGUCGAAGGCAAUCCGAAAUGGGAAGUCAAUAUGCCGUGGAAUCUGGUAUCUUUAUGUCAUCAUUUACGGCGACUGUCUUCGUUGCUGCACUUGCGACCACCGGACUUUUGAUACUAACUCUGCUGAUUGCACUCACUGUGAUGUUAAAGUCCUGCCAGAGUACUAAUUCUGGAAUUUUGGAACAAGUUAAGAAAAUUAAUCAACAUGAUUGUUGUAAUUUUUAUAUCCUUCAUGCUGAGCUAAACAACUUGGAAGUAAAUGAACUUCCAUUAAAAUGUAAGUUGCAAGCUCAUCAAUACAGUAAGAGACAAUACCUAAAAGAUUUGAAUACUUCAAUCUGGUUUGUAGAGGACUACUUUGGUAGAUUGACGCCAGAUGAUGAUGGUUUGGAUAUAAUAUUGUUAGAUGCAGAUGACAUGCUUUCCUUGACUGGCAACUUUAGCAGGAUCAGUUCUCUCGAUAAGAAUGAGCAGUUUGAAGACAUAAAGCAUCAGGCCUCCAUUCUUCUUGUUAGAAUGCACAUUCAGCUCCGAGCGAGCGGUUGGUCUUUGUUUCUUUUUACAAGGGACGCUUCGAAGCACCGGAAUACUAGGGAGAGCACUCUUACUUCUUUUGGUUGUAUAGGAUGGGCUUCAUUGUUAAUGAGAUACGAUGAUGAGAUUCAAAUGGAGGACUGGGAAUAUCUGUCCAGAAAAAGGCUGCAGUUGCAUAAUAAAGGAUUUAGAAUCCUUGGCUUGAUCAGUAGCAGUCUGGAUGCUUUCAGAGGUCCAUCUUUAGGUAGGCGCAGCUUUAAGCUGCCGAACUUGCAAUACUAUAUGAACUGGAGAAUGCCUACACAACCUAAUUGAUGAAUAAUUUUUCCAGGCAUGUUCUUAGGGAGGAAUUUUAUCACUUGUUUGAUGUUUUUUUUUUUUUUGUAUUUUUUUUUUAAUUUAUUUUUGUUAAAUUUUUUAGUAAUUGUGGUUUGAAGUGUAAAUGUCGAUUGUUUAAUACAUGCAAUGCAAAAAAUAGUGUUGGGUGAAAUGUACAAAAGAUUUGUUAAGCUAUGUUGUUAGAAAUGAUGGAGGAUAGUGAUUAGUUGAACA